GCUUGGCUGUCUUGCAAGAUUCAGCUUUCCUGAAGCCAGCCUAGAAGUUUGCUCAGGCAGUAUUAGUUUCCUGCUCCACUGGAUCCGCGGGUCCUCGGCUCCAUGUUUGUGAACCCUUGUCCUUGACGGUCUGAAACAAGGACGGUCUAGAAUACGUCUGCUGUUUUGUAGAUUUUAGUAGGCUAGAUUAUUGUGAUCGCUGGCGAGUCGUGUAGCAUAGAUCGGUAUGGAGCCGGAGAGAGUUGGGUCCGGGAGAGGCCCGGACGGUCAGCAGCAAGUCCUCGAGAUGUCCGCCGUUGAUCUUGGUGGCGACGAGGGGAGAUCCAUGGAGGAUGGUCAGGGAAUGGACGAGGCUCCACCUGUCAGCGUCGUGAGGGAGAGGGAGUCCAAGCUCGAGCUUUUCGAGAGCGACCCUCUCGUCGAUGCUGUCGGCGUGAGAAGGAUGGCUGGUCAGCAUCCCAUGAGUCCCCGCGGCGGUGACGGUGAUGAGAUGCACGUUCACCGGGGUUCCGACAGGAGUAUGAAAGUAGCGAAGCUGGGUACACUAACCGGCGUGUACAUCCCGUGCGUUCAAAACAUUCUCGGAAUUAUCUUCUACAUUCGUCUUUCCUGGAUUGUGGGCAUUGCGGGAAUCGGCCAGAGCCUGCUGCUGGUUGCGCUGACGUGCCUCAGCACAGUCCUCACCGGCUUCUCCCUCUCUGCCAUCGCCACCAACGGCGCCAUGAAGGGAGGCGGCCCCUACUAUCUGAUAGGGCGAGCGCUGGGGCCUGAGGUGGGAGUGAGCAUAGGGCUCUGCUUCUUCCUCGGCAAUGCAGUCGCUGGCUCCCUAUACAUUCUUGGUGCGGUCGAAACGCUGCUGGAUUGGCUCCCCCAAAUGUCCCUCUUUCCACCGGAGCAGGUGACGUUUGGCCUGAACUCAACGACCAACUCGACGGUGGAGCUGGCGUCGACGGCCGACAUGCAGGUGUACGGGGUGAUCGUCACCGUCGUGCUCUGCAUCGUCGUGCUCGGGGGAGUGCGCGUUGUCGUGCGCGUCGGGCCGCUCUUCCUCGUGCCCUCCAUCCUCGCUAUUAUCUGCAUCUUCAUUGGGAUUAUCGUGGCGCCCCGCAGUGGUUCUCCAGAGGGGCUGACUGGGCUGAGCACCAGCACGCUGUCGAGCAACUGGGCGUCGGACUACCAGAAGACCAACGCCAACGGCAUUCCCCAUGAGAAUGGCAACUUCGACUGGACCUUCACUCAGCUGCUGGGUCUCUUCUACCCCGCCGUGACGGGCAUCAUGGCGGGUAGCAACCGGUCCGCCUCGCUCAAGGACACGCAGAAGUCCAUCCCUAUCGGAACCCUCUGGGCCAUCGGCACCACCACUCUGCUCUACGUCUUUGCUGUCUUCAUGUUUGGAUCUGUGGCGCUAAGGGACCUGCUGCUCACUGACAGGCUGCUCACUGCGACCCUAGCCUGGCCGUCCCCUGCGGUGGUGUACAUCGGCAUCAUCCUCUCCACGCUGGGCGCCGCCAUGCAGAACCUCAUGAGCGCGCCUCGCCUGCUCACAGCCAUCGCCAACGACGACAUCCUGCCCAUCCUCGACUGGUUCAAAACAGAGGAGGGCCAGGAGCCGUACCUUGCCACGCUCUGCACGCUGCUCAUCUGUGCGGGCUUUGUGUGCAUUGGAGACGUGGAUUAUGUGACGCCCGUCAUCACCAUGUUCUUCCUGCUGUGUUAUCUCGGGGUGAAUUUGUCGUGCUUUCUCCUGGAUCUGCUGGAUGCGCCCUCGUGGCGGCCCCGCUGGAAGUGGCAUCACACGCUCACCGCCCUUGCUGGAGCUGUCCUCUGCAUUGCGAUCAUGUUGAUGAUAUCGUGGUUCUUCACGCUGCUCUGCCUGCUGCUGGCGGUGCUCAUCUACUACUACGUCAGCCUCAAGGGCAAGGCCGGCGAUUGGGGUGACGGCUUCAAGUCCGCCUAUCUGCAACUCGCCCUGCGCUCCCUCAAGUUCCUCGGAGCGAGUCAGGUGCACCCCAAGAACUGGUACCCCAUUCCGCUCAUCUUCUGCAAGCCGUGGGGCAUUCUGCCCCCCGACAUGCCGUGCCACCCCAAGCUGGCGGACUUCGCCAACUGCAUGAAGAAGAAGGGGCGCGGAAUGACCAUCUUCGCCACCAUCCUCGAAGGCAGAUUCAGGGACCGGGCGGAGGAUGCGCGGUCGGCGUCUCACCUGCUGCUGAGCUACAUCGACUACAAGCGCUGCGAGGGAGUGGCGGAGGCCAUCGUGGCCGACUCCCUGAACGAGGGCUUCCGCAUCGCCGUGCAGACCAUGGGGCUCGCUAACUUGAAGCCCAACAUUGUGUGCAUGCGUUACCCUGAGAUCUGGCGCGAGGACAUCCAGAGAGACAUCCCCGGGACGUUUGUGAACAUAAUCAACGACUGCAACACGGCGAACAAGGCGUGUGUGAUUGUGAAGGGGCUGGACGAGUGGCCGGGCGAGUACCAGAAGCAGUACGGCACCAUCGACCUGUACUGGAUCGUCAGGGACGGUGGCAUCAUGCUGCUGCUCUCACAGCUGCUCAGGGCAAAGGAGAGCUUCGAAAACUGCAAGAUCCAGGUGUUCUGCAUCGCAGAGGAGGACACAGGAGCCGAGAACCUGAAGCUGGACGUGAGCAAGUUCCUGUACGACCUGCGCAUGCAGGCAGACGUCAUCGUCGUCACUAUGAAGGCGUGGGAGGACGUGGUGUCCGACGCCGAGGGGGCAGAGGCGGAGCUCGCCAGGCAAGGUGCCAUGGAGGCUUUCACCAGGGCGCGUCGCAACAUCGCGAAGAGAAUGAAUGAUGACCCCGAGGCUGAAGCGCACAGCUCCCUUUUGGACGAGAGCAAGGUGAACAAGUUUCUCUACACCACCAUCAAGCUCAACUCCAUCAUCCUGCGAUACUCGCGCAUGGCUGCCGUGGUGCUCGUCAGCCUGCCGCCGCCACCUCAGAACCAUCCCCCCUAUUGCUAUAUGGAGUACAUGGACCUCCUUGUCAACAACAUUCCGCGCUUGCUUAUGGUCCGUGGUUACCGCCGUGAUGUGGUAACCAUCUUCACUUAACUUGCAACAAGUGGUUACUGUAGGCUUUUUCUUUGAUGUACUUCUCUUCUUAUACGGUACCUGCUUUUGGAGCCUUGGCUGGAUACAGAGACAGGCACUUGUCAUUGGAUGUCUCGUUGCAUGGCAUUUGCCGUAGAAGAAACGCAAUCUUUCUGUGUCAGUUAGGUGUUCCCUCACCCUAUGGCCCCCUGCUCUGCCUGCAAGCUAACCCCUGUGCCAACCCCACUCCUUCGGUGGUGUGAGGAGCGGCGAAAUCAAGACGGAUCCCAGCUUGAAAACUGCUUCGUUUUUUUGCCGUGGGGUUUUAUGGACAAACUC